AUGGAAAGAAACCCUCUGGAUGUAUGGGACACGGCAGGGCGCCCUCGUCCUGCUAUUUCUCAGAUCCAGCGCAUUAACAUCUUUGAUUUCGACAAUACUCUGUUCAAGACGCCACUGCCCAACCCGUCUCUCUUCUACGGAAAGACGGUAGCUAUGUUGCAGAGCAGCAGUGGUAUCCAUCUUGGCGGCUGGUGGGCCGACCCACGAUUUCUCUUAGCUACCGGAGAGGGAUUUGAGAAGGAACAAAGAAGAGCUUGGGAGGGCUGGUGGAAUGAAAACGUGGUGGAUCUGGUCCGCUUGGCUAGCGAGGAUCCAAGCAGUCUCAACAUUCUUCUAACAGGCAGGAAGAUGACGAAGUUUGUUAUUUCCAUCACAGCCAUGGUGACGGCGAAGAAGCUACCAUUUCAUGCCAUUGUGCUGCGCAAGGGAGACGCAGAAAACACGCUGGCAUUCAAAAUUGAGGUCAUGAAGGAUCUGCUGACAUACUACUCAGGCUGCCAGGAGAUUACAGUGUACGACGAUCGUCCUAGCCAGGCUAACGGCUUUAGACGGUUCUUCAAACAAUUUCAGACGGAGCACCGAAACUCUCUUCUAUACGACGUGGUGGACUGUUUGGAGGAGACACGGUACUUGGAUCCUCUGUUAGAACGGGAUCUAGUCAUUGGGGUGUUGGAGGCUCAUAAUGAGGCAGUUCAGAAACGAUAUCUGAGCUCAUAUGUCAGCAACGGCACCCUGAAUCUGAAAAGGGUCUUUUUCAAUCUCUCCUACAAGGUAGAUCCUCACUGCACCAAGAAGCUACUGGAGAUUUUGGUGACCCACAUCGCUAAAGAAGACAAGGUCGCUGCUGAAGUUGUUGCGGCCACCUCCGAGGAGUCAGCUGAGUCUAGCGGUGAAGAUGAACCUGCUAAGGUCGAAGACUACUUCAACUACCACUGCGACUCCAUGAUUAUCACUCGGCGUGACGAGAAACUGGUUCUGGAGCAGGUGCAGGGGGUGGGCCACAGAGACACGUGGAAGGUGUUGCAGAUAGGCUACGUUGCCGGAAAGGUCUGGGCCUUACGUUUGGCACCUGAUACGCUCGAGGCUGCCGCUAGAUGCGUAACAGAAAAGAUGCCUACCGAAUUGCUGAUCGCCACUAGCAAGGAUGCUAAGAGCGCCGACAGUCUGAAGAUUGACAACUGGACCGGCAUCGACGAAGGCUGUGCCGCACUGCAAGAGAUGCGCAUCUUCACCACGGUCAAGGAGCAGGUUCUGUACCGUAUCGAGCCCGUCAACCCCAAGCAGAAGAAGGCAGUAUCAGCAGGACGAGUCAAAAAGUCUCGACAGGCGAAGAAAGACAAGUCUGCAUUUUUGGGGAGCUAUUAUUAA